CUCCGCACCACUUACCUGCGCAGCCAUGAGUUACUCCCGCUCCGUGUAUUCUUCCUCCUCUGUAGUAGGGGGGAGUCCCUACCGCUCCCUCAGCGCCGCACCCCGCUUUAUACCCAGUAGCAGCGCCGCUAGUGUCCAUGCUGGGGCAGGGGGCUCCGGGGCCCGCAUCUCUGUAUCUAGGGUAUCCUCAGUGGGGUCAGGGUUUGGCGGUGGCUAUAGCGGGGUAUCUAAUGUGAAUCUGAUCGGCGGGGGGCAGAAUGAGAAGGAGACCAUGCAGGACCUGAAUGACCGCCUGGCAUCCUAUCUGGAGCGGGUCCGCAGCCUGGAGGCAGCCAAUAAGAAACUGGAGGUGCAGAUCCGCCAGCACACGGAAAAGAAGGGGCCCUCCAAGGACUGGAGUCCGUACUACAAGACUAUUGAGGACUUAAGGAAACAGGUGUUUGAUAGCACAUUAGAGAACUCCCAGCUGGUCCUGCAGAUUGACAACGCACGCCUUGCAGCUGACGACUUCAGAGUCAAGUAUGAAGCAGAGAUGGCUAUCCGUAUGUCUGUGGAAGGGGACAUUACCGGGUUGCGCAAGCUUAUAGAUGACACCAACGUCAGCAGAAUGAACUUGGAGAAUGAGAUUGAGUCCCUGAAGGAGGAGCUAAUCUUCCUGAAGAAGAACCACCAGGAUGAUGUGACUGAACUACAGGCUCAGGUUGCAAGGUCUGCUGUAACUGUGGAGGUGGAUGCCCCCAAAUCACAAGACCUUGGCAAGAUCAUGACAGAACUUCGAGCACAAUAUGAUGGACUGGCACAAAAGAACCGCGAUGAUGUUGAGAAGUGGUAUCAGUCUAAGGUGGAUGAGCACACAGUGCAAGUUAACCUAGAUACAGAAGCGCUGCACUCUGCAAAGAGUUCCGUAACUGAUCUGCGCCGCACCGUGCAGUCCCUAGAGAUAGAGCUGGAGUCUCUGCGCAAUCAGAAAGCAAGCUUAGAGGGCACACUCCACGACACAGAAGCACGUUAUGCGAUGGAGCUGGAGAUGCUUGGGGGUACUGCCAUGGCAAUGGAGGCAGAGCUGGUACAAGUCCGCAGUGACUGCCAGAGACAGCAACAGGAGUAUCAGGCUCUUCUUAACACAAAGAUGAAGCUGGAAGCAGAAAUCCAUACCUACAGAAGGCUCCUGGAAGGAGACGGCAGUUUUGACCUCCAAGAUGCUGUGCCAACGGUAACCACACAGACGGUAAAGAAAGUCAUCACGACCACACAGAGGAUUGUGGAUGGGAAAGUGGUUUCGGAAAGCAAUGAUACUGAAGUCCUCAAGUCCUAACUCUUGGAAACAGAUUUUCAUGUCCAUUGCAUUUCAUUUAAUAAACAUUCCAGAAUUCUAA